AUGGCAAUUGCUUUGUCAUAGCAUUCAAUUGCCUCUUUAAAACGACCCAUCAAAGCUAGGCAACCUAUUUGGAUAGUCUACACUCUAACUCCAUUUGUAGAUGAAUUCUUAUCAUUAGAUCUUCGAAAUCCGAGCAAAUAUGAAUAGAAGUAAAUUUCAUAUUAGAUUAUUAUUAGUAAACUACAAUCAGAGAUGAGAUUUAAGCUUUCAUUAUAUGUAUGCGUCAUCUAGGAUUGGAUAAGUCUGAUUUUGAGAUCAAUUUCCUUCUAAACAAUGAGAUCCAGAUAUUCAAUAAACUAGGUAUUAUCUUUUUGGGUGGCAAUUUGUCUGCAUCCAACAUCAACAUCGCUCAUGAAUUUUUUCAUAAAGAUAAUUAGCUCGACAAGCUUUUGGGAACAGUUACAUUGGCAAGAAACUUAUACAUCCACUUUGCAAUAGAGCAUAUCCAUGGUCAUCACAGAAAUGUUGCUAAUUCCAAAGAUCCAGCAACUUCAUUGA